CAGCAUCACCGGUUGGGGCGCGCGAACCACGAACGGUGGCCGACGCUUCAAUCGAACGAAACUCGAACACGGAACAUCUUGGUGCUGUGGAUCUUGGGCCGAAUUCUUUUUUAGAUAACCAGUGAAGUAGUGUCUCGACCACUAACCCCCGGUGUGAUUUGGUGGCAUUCGGUGUGUGUGUGGCCAUCAAUCAGUAUUAUGUUAAAUUAGUGCGAGGACAGCUGUUUGUGUGAACCGAAGUUGAACCGACGGACGGACGGACAAGACGGACGAUGAUCUCGCGCUGUCCUUCGUCGCAAAGGGACCACGCCGGCGGACGGCGACACAACUGAUCGGCAACACAACAAAUCCCGGUGCUGCUGCUGCUGCGUGAAACGAGUGCCAAACGGACCAAAACAUCAACUUUGCUCUUGCUGGUGGCGAUUAAUUUGGUUGUUUUUUGUGUAAGCCAAAGAGACACAAGAGAUGGUGGCGAGCGCGUGUCUUAUGCUGUGUGGAGCUUUUUGAGCAGCCUAGAACCGACCGUAGCACCGUAGCAUCCGAAGUUUAGACGCCGCAGACGCUGGCGGUUGCCACCGUUGGAUGUAACAAAUUAACCGCUCAACCGGAACGUUGAGCUUGCUGUCUCCUGCUUGCUUGAGCUAUCAGGGUCGGCCGUUUCCUUGCCGGCACCCCCCGCCCCCCAAACCCGACGGCCGAUGGACGGGCCGGCGCACGUUUGCUGACACUCUGCGGGCCAAGCAUGCGUUCGUUGGCGACCGAAGAUGGCGCCGAGGCCGAGCCGGAGGACCCGCGUGCCGCCGCCAACCGCGAGGAUGACAUAAAUUGGAAAAUGUCAAGCCAGCAACAGGUGACACCGACGACGACGACGACAGCAGGCACCGAAGCGCCAACCGCUACCGAACGCCGCCGGUGGCCAACGCCGCCGGUGGAUGGGGAGAAUAAUCCAAUUAAAUCGUUGCGACGGCAACAACACUGUGAUAUUACCGUGGACCCCACCGACGCCCCGGACGGCUCCGUGGCCCCGGAAACGGAUCGUCCCCGCGGUGGCUUGCGACGGAUGCCGGCGAUCGGGUAUGACGACGAUGGCGACACCGAUGGCGUCGAGGAUCCCCGGAAUGGCGAGCGAGAAAGCGCCAAUAAUAACCACGUUACGGUGGACGCCCAGGACGAACCAGCCCUGGAGCGGAACCAGCACAAAACGAUCAAUGCUCGGCGUCGCUGGAAGUUGUUGGCCAAGGCGUUGCGACACGAUUCCAGCGAGGAAGAUCAGUUUUCCAAGUUCAAUCUGAUCGAAGCGGAUCGCGUUGGGGACGAAAAGUACGAGAACGUGUACGUGUACCGGUUGUACGAUCGGUACCGGGUCAAGAUCCGGCUGAUCGGCCCCGAGCGUCCGUGGACGGCUACGGAGCUGAUUGGGUUCAACAAUACGGGCAACAUCUGCGUGUGGCCCUCGGAGGAAGCGCUCGCGUACUACGUCCUGGCGCGGCUGGCGCAGUUCGACGGCACCAGGGUGCUGGAGCUGGGCGGUGGAAUGACGUGCCUGGCAGGGCUGGUACUGGCCAAGUACGGGCAGCCGGCGUUCGUGCACGUGUCCGACGGAAACGAGCUGUCGGUCGAGAACGUGCGCAAAUCGUUGGUGUUGAACAAGUUCAACUGUACGAUCAAGUCGUCCGUUUUGAAGUGGGACCGUUCGGCGGUCGGGUCGGCCGUUGGGCCGGCCGAGCCGAAGUACCAGUUUAUCCUGUCGGCCGACUGCCUGUUCUUCGACGAGUCACGAUCGCAGCUGAUCGACACGGUGUGGCUGCUGCUGGCGGAGGAGGGAGUUGCCCUCGUUACGGCCCCGAGACGAGGCAACACGUUGGGGUUGUUUUUGAACGAAUGCGUCGCCCGCGGGUUCCACUAUGAGCUGCUCCAGUGCUACAAUGAGGCCAUCUGGGCGCGCCAUCUUGAGCUGAAACUGAUGGAGGGCUACGACGAAAACAUUCACUACCCGCUGCUGGUGAAACUGUACAAAUACGCUCACGGAUCGGUGCUGCAUCGGUUGUUGUGACACGCCACGCCAUUGCGUGACCAUUUGGCGUUUCGGCCUUAGUAUCUGUAGGUUAGGUUAGUACCAAACAUUUCCAGAACUUGAAAAAGCAACAAAACACAUCCAAACAAACCCCAAAUGCCGCCAGCUUGGUCCCAGUCCGUGUGUGUGUGUCGAGAGUGGCCGUUCCGGUGCAGCUUCUGUGACGGCGUGGCCUUUGCCUGGGCCGGAUUCAGAAGCAUCGCGUGUUUGAUUGAUACAUUCACUUAAUUAGUGCUCGUCGUAAUUUCAUUUAAAGUCCAUCCUGUUGCACCUCGAUGCCAUUAGCUUACGGUUCACUAGCGCGCUGUCGCUCUCUGGCUCUCUGGCGCUGUCCUGCUGCUGCUCGCCGCCGGGGGGCGGAAUGGGGACCAGAAACUUUGCGUUAUUUUAGACCCCACUGCUGAUGCCAGACCGUAGCGUAGAGAGCGGGCCCUUUCCAAGUGGCCCCUUUGUUACUCGUGUAUGAAAUUAAUUAGAACUAGUUUACGGAACGGGUGCAAAGAAUGGGAACAGUAUUGAGACACCGCUUUGGACAUUCUGGGGCCGCCAGCCGUGGCUACAGUUUAGUAGAAUUAAAUCUCCUUAUCGUGUACUCUGUAAAUGAACAAGACCAAACGGACCCAACACGUGGUCCGUGGAUAGACAAUUACAUUUUGUGAUACGUUUGAACGGGAGGUGGCGCACCCAUUCAAGGCCAACUGACCGUUUGACUAGUUAGUUGAGGCAACACAUUUGAGCCUCAUUCGCUCUGUUACGCUUGUGGAAUUUCUGUGUUUAGUCUAGAAACAUGUGCCGUCACGGCAAAAUGAAAUGCUACGGACCGUGCGGGGUCGCGCUCCAGCUCAGCGGUAGACAGAGCCGUGCGUGCGUUGGCCAUAGAUUGUGCUGUCUGGAGCCGAUGCACCAAUUAAAUCAACGGCCGCAUGCUGAAGUAUUUGACAAAACAUUGGUGCGAUCCGGGUUCCCGUGGAGAGGCCUUGACCAACCGUGCAGUUUGUUAUUGUUUCUCGGAGUAAAACAAUCAUACACAAUGUACAAAACAAAGCACCAAGUGUAACAUAAACAGGAUUCCCGUCUCGGAAUAAAGAUCGGUGUGCCAGGGACCGGGUGUGUGUGAUCGUAAAACUCAAGGCGCGCACGCUCCCCGAUAUCUUUCCGUUUUGCCAACGUAACAUAAUGUUUAUU